UGACUAAAAAUAACAUCAAACUCAUUGUAUCAUUUCUCAUCUUCUCUCUCUGGCAAGAAGCCAAGAAAGGUAGAGUAGAGUAGAUAUAUGUCGUUGUCGUCUUACCUAAGCCCAACGCGCCUUCUUGAAGGCUACCUCCGCCGCUGCCUCACGGCGGCAGGACUCACGUCGCAGACUCUUUCCAUAGAUUCUGAAACAACCAUCCACUUCUGGGGUCCAUCAUCUGUAGACCACAGCAUCGAUGACAGACCGGUGAUGCUUCUCCUUCACGGCUUCGGUCCAUCUGCCAUGUGGCAGUGGCGAAGACAGAUUCAAGCCUUCUCACCGUCUGUGUUCCGGGUAUAUUGUCCUGAUCUUGUUUUCUUUGGUGACUCUACCACUUCAUCCACCAAUCGUUCCGAGGUCUUCCAGGCGGAGUGUAUGGCAAAGCUAAUGGAGAAACUAGGAAUAGAGAAGAAGUUUAAUGUAGUUGGAACAAGCUAUGGCGGAUUUGUGGCGUACCAUAUGGCAAAAAUGUGGCCUGAAAAAGUGGAGAAAGUAGUGAUUGCAAGCUCCGGCAUCAACAUGAGAACGUGUGACAGUGAAAGUUUAUUGCAAAGGUCGAACUGUGAGUGCAUUGAGAAAGUUAUGUUACCAUCUACUGCGUCCGAGCUUCGGACACUUAUGGGUUUGGCAUCUUCUUGGAGGAUGCUUCGUAUGUUUCCUGAUGCUCUCUGGAAUGACUUCAUUAGUAAUUUAUAUCAAAAGAAUAGAAAAGAGAAAGUAGAAUUAUUGAAGGGGUUGACUCUUGGCAGGGAGGAGAAAUUAAACAUCGAACCUCUUUCUCAGGGGAUCCUAAUAAUAUGGGGAGAUAAAGAUCAGAUAUUUCCCGUGAAGAUGGCCUACGAACUAAAAGAGAUUCUUGGAGAUAAGACAAAACUGGAAAUCAUUGAGAACACUUCACAUAUUCCCCAAAUCGAAUGUGCCCAAGAGUUCAACAACGUCGUUUUGAGAUUUUUGAAAGGAUCUCAAUAGUAAACAUGUGAAGUAUUAUAAGUUCACUUAAUAUUAAUUACUACGUUGCUUGCUACGCUUUCUCAUUUUUUUCAUGUAACUUAUAUUCUGUUUAAAACAAAACUGGAAAUCAUUAAAAAAACACUUCACAUGCA